UCUUUGGUAAUUCAAUAUGCACGAAAACCCCAUUUUGCCCUUCUACUAGUCUACUUCCCCAAAAUUCAUCUAUUUUCACCUGCAAAGCUUCGUUCUUAUUCCCAUUAGAGUAUAGUGAUUAGUGAAAUCUCGCAGUACAAACCGAUCAUAGAAUAGGAUGGGAACUCUUGGCAGAGCCAUAUACUCCGUCGGAUUCUGGAUUCGCGAGACGGGCCAGGCCCUUGAUCGUCUCGGCUGUCGCCUCCAGGGCAACUAUUACUUCCAAGAACAAUUGUCGAGACAUCGAACUCUCAUGAACGUAUUUGAUAAAGCUCCUGUAGUUGAUAAGGAUGCAUUUGUGGCUCCUAGUGCCUCUGUCAUUGGUGAUGUUCAAAUUGGAAGAGGAUCAUCUAUUUGGUAUGGAUGUGUUUUGAGAGGUGAUGUGAACAGCAUUAGCAUUGGAUGUGGAACUAACAUACAAGAUAACUCCCUUGUGCAUGUGGCAAAAUCUAACCUAAGUGGGAAGGCUCUACCAACUAUAGUUGGGGACAAUGUUACUGUAGGCCAUAGUGCUGUUCUACAUGGCUGCACUGUUGAGGAUGAGGCUUUUGUUGGUAUGGGAGCAACACUUCUUGAUGGUGUUGUUGUACAGAAACAUGCCAUGGUUGCUGCUGGAGCCCUUGUAAGACAGAACACAAAGAUCCCUGCGGGAGAGGUCUGGGGAGGCAAUCCAGCAAAGUUUCUGAGGAAGCUAACUGCUGAAGAGAUAGCCUUUAUUUCUCAAUCAGCAACCAAUUAUUCCAAUCUAGCACAGGUUCACGCUACUGAGAAUGCUAAGCCUUUUGAUGAGAUUGAAUUUGAGAAGGUGCUUCGCAAGAAGUUUGCUCGUCGGGAUGAAGAGUAUGACUCAAUGCUGGGUGUUGUUCGUGAAAUUCCCCUUGAACUUACUCUUCCACAGAAUAUCCUACCAGAUAAAGCACCCAAGGCAACUUAAGGGACUUUAAAAAAAAAUAUAUAAAUUAUAACGAGGUGUUGUUUCUUAAAAGUUCAAAGAUUGAGAGUUGAGUUCAAAGAUCUUUGUUGUUUUUGCUAAUUCAUGAAGGGACCACAUUCUUUCAUAAUAAUACCAAACACGUUUGUGGCA